ACACUACUAUAUAACAAAUAAUUUGAGCCAUGGCGUUAGAAGGAGCUCAACAACUGCUGGAUUUCAGCCAGAAGUUAGACAUUAAUCUACUAGACAAUGUUAUUAAAACCAUGUACCAUGGAACGGGCCCUCAGCAAAAAUCAGCUCAAGAAGUGCUGGUGAAGUUGCAGACUCACCCGGAAGCUUGGCAGCGAGUAGAUCUUAUUCUAGAAUUCUCCACUAAUCAAGAAACUAAGCACUACGCUCUGCAAAUUCUGUCAGGCGUAAUUAAAACGAGAUGGAAAGUUUUACCAAGGGAACAAUGUGAUGGUGUUAAAACUUUCAUUGUUGGUCUUAUUAUCAAACUCUCUUCUGAUGCUACAUCUAGUGAGAAAGAAAAGGUGUUCCUCAACAAGCUCAACAUCGUUCUGAUUGAGAUUGUGAAACAGGAAUGGCCACGAAAUUGGCCAACGUUUAUAUCAGAUAUAGUUGGAUCUUCUAAAACGAACGAAAACCUCUGUCGGAACAACAUGAUCAUUCUCAAACUCCUGAGCGAGGAAGUGUUCGACUUCUCCCAAGGAAUAAUGACACAAGCAAAAGUGAAGCAUCUGAAGGACACGAUGUGUAAUGAGUUCAGUGAAGUGUUUUCUUUGUGCACAUUGGUUCUAGAUAACUCAACUAGUGUUCCACUUGUUCAGGCCUGCCUAAAUACUCUCUUAGGGUUUUUAAACUGGAUACCACUUGGCUACAUAUUCGAGACAAAGCUGAUAACUCAACUCACCUUCAAAUUCCUUAGCGUACCUGACUUUAGGAAUAUUACUCUGAAAUGCCUCACCGAAAUAGCAGGCAUUGACGCCCGGGCCCACGAGUCCCAGUUUUGCGAGCUGUUCAAUCUGACGAUGAACCAAAUAAAGACGAUGUUGCCCUUAACGACGAACCUUCGGGAGGCUUACAAGUCAGGUCGGGAUGACGAACAAAACUUUAUACAGAACAUGGCGCUGUUCAUUUCUACCAUCUUGAAGGAGCACGGGCAAUACAUAGAGGGUAAGGACGAUUUGCAUUCGUCUCUACUUGAAGCACUCCACUAUCUGGUACUCAUCUCUGAGGUAGAGGAGAAGGAAAUAUUCAAAAUAUCUCUGGAAUAUUGGAACAGCCUCGCUAGUGAUCUUUAUAGAGAGAGCCCUUACAGUUCCAAUCCGAUGAGUUACCCACUGCUGUCAAACAAUAACUCCAUACCUCCUCGCAGACAACUAUAUUUAGCUGUUCUAAGCAAGGUUCGGGUGGUACUGAUAUCGCACAUGGCUAAGCCGGAGGAAGUGUUGGUAGUGGAGAACGACCAGGGGGAGGUAGUGAGGGAGUUCAUGAAGGACACUGACGCUAUCAGUCUCUAUAAGACCAUGAGGGAGACUCUCGUUUAUCUCACCCAUCUUGAUUACGCAGAUACAGAGCACAUCAUGACUCAGAAGUUGCACAACCAAGUAAACGGGACAGAGUGGAGCUGGAAGAACCUGAACACAUUGUGUUGGGCUAUAGGGUCCAUCAGUGGGGCAAUGCACGAGGAGGAUGAGAAAAGGUUUUUGGUAACUGUGAUAAAAGAGCUGCUUGGGCUGUGCGAGAUGAAGCGAGGGAAGGAUAAUAAAGCUAUUAUUGCGAGUAACAUUAUGUACAUUGUCGGACAAUACCCCAGAUUUCUGAGACAGCACUGGAAGUUCCUGAAGACUGUAGUAAACAAACUGUUUGAGUUUAUGCACGAAACACACGACGGUGUUCAGGAUAUGGCCUGCGACACUUUCAUCAAGAUAGCUCAGAAGUGCAAACGUCACUUUGUCACUGUACAGGUGGCUGAAGUAAUGCCUUUUAUUGAGGAGAUCCUGAACGGAAUAAACGCUAUUAUCUGUGAUCUGCAGCCUCACCAGGUACACACGUUCUACGAGGCAGUAGGGUACAUGAUACAAGCACAAGCUGACACCGUGGUACAGGAGAGACUCAUUGAGAAGUGCAUGUCACUUCCCAAUCAGGUGUGGGACAGGAUAAUAAACAACGCAACACACAACGUUGAGACACUCAAGGACCCGGAGUGUGUUAAACAGCUGGGGAACAUCCUGAAAACUAACGUGCGCGCUUGCCAGGCAAUAGGACACCCCUUCGUCACCCAGCUGGGGAGGAUAUACCUGGACAUGCUCAAUGUUUACCAGGUGUUAUCAGAGAACAUCUCAUCAGCAGUGCAGCAGAACGGAGAACAAGUCCUCAAACAGCCUCUAGUAGCCAGCAUGAGGACAGUCAAGAAAGAAACUCUCAAACUUAUAUCCGCGUGGGUCGGCAAGUCCACAGAUCCUAAACAAGUGUGCGAAAACUUUGUCCCGCCUCUGCUGAACGCAGUGCUGGGGGACUAUAAUCGUAACCAUCCAAAUGCGCGAGACUCGGAGGUUCUCAGCACCAUGACCGUAUUCAUCAACAAGUUGGAGAACCACGUGACUUCUGAAGUUCCCGUUAUAUUUGAUGCCGUGUUCGAGUGCACGCUCGAAAUGAUAAAAGCAAACUUCCAAGACUUCCCUGAACACAGAACCAACUUUUACCUGCUCCUUGAAUCAAUAAACCAGCACUGCUUCAGUGCCCUCCUUCAGAUCCCCCCAGACAAGUUUAAACUGGUCAUGGACUCCAUCGUGUGGGCCUUCAAGCACACCAUGAGGAACGUGGCAGAUACGGGCCUUACCACUGUUCUUACCCUCCUUCAGAACCUAGACGGGAAGGACGUUUCCCAGAGCUUCUACCAAACGUACUUCCUGAACAUUCUGCAGCACAUAUUCAGCGUGGUCACGGACACUAUGAACGCUGCGCAACUCAGCAACCAGAGCAAAGUACUGGCUUAUAUGUUCAGUCUUGUGGAGCAAAAGAAGAUAGCUGUAGCCCUAUAUAGUCUGGAAGAUCAUCCGGGUGAAAUAGACAAUGUGGCGUAUGUAAAGAGCUACACACAGGACCUCCUCAAGAAAGCUUUCCCAAACCUCCAGGAGAUGCAAGUGUCAGUAUUUGUGGACGGUCUGUACGCCCUGAAUCAAGACAACGCCGCCUUUAGAGAGCACCUCAGAGAUUUUAUCGUCCAGAUAAAGGAAUGCGCUGGAGAGGAUAUGACAGACCUGUAUCUGCAAGAGAAGCAGGAACAACUAAAGACGGCCGCCUCCGCUAAACUCAAAUACCAGAUGACUGUACCCGGCAUUCUCAACCCGCACGAAGUAACGGAAGAAAACAUGAACGAUUGAGAGGCUCUGUUACAAGAUAACCGAUCUAGUUGUUACGUCAUGAUAAAGUGCGCGGCGUGAACAGCUGCACGUGCUGUUUUUGUGCGCGCUCCAUCGCAGGACAAAAUGCGUCCCUUUUAUCAUUCAACAUUUUAGGGUUGGACUAUUCAACUCAUAACCUUGUUGUGAGUACUUAAUUACUCCGUUUUCUGGUCAACUUUUUUGAUUUUUCGGUGUUAUAUGGUGGUUUGACCAAUUUUUGCUCAUAUUUAAGUUUAUAUUACAUAUAGAGAAUAUCUGGCUUCGAACGAUGAGGAAUCGAUAAUUUUUGGCGUUACAUCUUAUCAAUAUUGAAACGAAAUUUUGUACAUAUUUUUCGGUGAACAGAACCCUAAAUCGUGGCGAGUCAAAUUCGUUGUCUUUAUUUUAGUGAUCAGGGUUCUGUUUAUAAACGACCCAUGUCAAUCACUGAUGUUGAUUGAUAUUUUAUUAUUUAUAAUACAUUAAAUUUAAGUCAGUGUUAAGUUUAUUAAAUUAUAUUAUAUUGAUUUCCCAAAUCCCAAGGACGUCAUGGCUAUUUUGAUUUAUAUGUUCGUUGAAGUUAAAAAGGAAAAUAAGGAGAACUGUGCAGUCUCCCAGAAAGAUGAGAAGUAGCAGGGUACACGUCUAGUUGCAGGGUGUAAUGUACUUGCGAAGAUGUUCUGCAAGCUUAAACGAAAGCAUAUGUUGAUGUGAAUUAUCAAUUAAUACCAAUAUCUUCAAUACACAGUAGGUGUGUCCUGUUACACCCUCUGUAAUGUAGCGACCUAAACCACAGUUAGGGUGUAGACCUUUAGGUGGUGUGGAUGGCUUGACUAUAUAUAAAUUAAUACAGUAGAGUAUCUAUUGUAAUGAUUAUUUUUCACCUUUUGAGCUUAUUUCAGAA